CGGGGAGGGAUUCCCGCGGCGCGGAGGCCGCCUUUCUCUCCCCGCCGCGGCUCGGGGGCGAGCGGCGGCCGUGGCGCCGGCCGCGGGAUGGGCGCGGGCAGCGGCGGGACCCCGCGAGGGCGGCGGGGGCCGCGCGGGGCCGGUGUGCGGUGGGAGGCUUUGGUUAGUGUUGUAGACUCAUAUUUUUCUGAAGCUGAUGUUCUCCUAACACUUUCAGCUUGGCUUUAAAAGCUACUUCACUGUAAUGUUUUAAAUGGUUAAAAAACCUCUAGGAUUUGAAGUUUAUUUAAAUUAAUUGAAGGAAGUACUUCUGGCCUCACCAAAGAAAUAACUGGAAUCAUGGAUCAGAACAACAGUUUGCCACCCUACGCUCAAGGCUUAGCCUCCCCUCAGGGUGCAAUGACCCCAGGAAUCCCAAUUUUCAGCCCAAUGAUGCCGUAUGGCACAGGACUGACACCGCAGCCUGUCCAGAGCACCAACAGUCUGUCCAUAUUGGAGGAACAGCAGCGGCAGCAGCAGCAGCAGCAAGCAGCACAGCAGUCCACGUCACAGCAAGCGACACAGGGAACAUCUGGUCAAACCCCCCAGCUCUUCCAUUCACAGACUCUUACCACAGCCCCUUUACCUGGAACCACACCUCUGUACUCCUCUCCAAUGACUCCAAUGACUCCAAUAACUCCUGCAACACCGGCCUCAGAGAGCUCUGGCAUAGUGCCACAACUACAGAAUAUUGUGUCCACAGUGAAUCUUGGUUGCAAACUUGACCUAAAAACUAUUGCACUUCGUGCCCGAAAUGCUGAAUAUAAUCCCAAGCGUUUUGCUGCUGUUAUUAUGAGAAUAAGAGAACCACGUACUACUGCACUGAUAUUCAGCUCUGGAAAAAUGGUGUGCACAGGAGCAAAAAGUGAGGAGCAAUCCAGACUGGCUGCAAGGAAGUAUGCAAGAGUUGUUCAGAAACUGGGUUUUCCUGCAAAAUUUUUGGAUUUUAAAAUUCAGAAUAUGGUGGGUAGCUGUGAUGUAAAAUUUCCCAUCAGACUGGAAGGAUUGGUACUCACACAUCAGCAGUUCAGCAGCUAUGAGCCGGAAUUGUUUCCUGGUUUAAUCUACAGAAUGAUUAAGCCAAGAAUUGUUCUGCUUAUUUUUGUUUCUGGAAAAGUGGUUUUAACUGGUGCUAAAGUACGAGCAGAAAUCUAUGAAGCAUUUGAAAACAUCUAUCCUAUUUUAAAGGGAUUCAGAAAGACAACGUAACAGUUUCUACACAUUUCAGAUAAAUCAGGGGUAUAUUUCAAAAGAUAUUGUGUAUGGCACAGCAGUAACAAGAAACGGACUUCCAGUGCAACUGCAACACCAGGACUUGGACUAUUUCCCAGUUAGUGCCUACUUCCCUGAUGCUCAAGGGGAACUGUUUUCUUGAAUAUGUCUACUGAGUUACUGUGAGUUGCUUUACUGGGCUGCUCCUGGAGCAGCCCCUCCAACUUUUAUUUAUAUUCUAGCUUUUAAAUAGUUUUAAUGCCAGUUCUAUUAAUAGAAAAUCUGUAAGCUGAUUUAAAGACAAAUGCAACAGUGUCACUCAGUGUAUAAACCACUUUAAUUGCCAUGUAUAUAUGUUUUAAGUUCCUUCCAUAAGACCAUGGUUUUUAUAAUUUUCAGAACUUUAGCUUUUAAAUUUUUUUCAAUUUUAAAUUUCCUUGGUGCCAGACACAUUCCCUCUUUCCAGUAUUAAGCAAGAUAGAAUGAAUUUAUUAAUUAAAAUGGCUCACUGUACAUAUAUAUAUAAUAUAUACCUUUCUUCUCUUUCCUUCUUCAACUCCCCAUGUACAAUAAACCCUGUUUAUACAACUAUGGGAACUGUCUUAAUAAAUUUUAAAAUUACCCAGCUGGUAGAAUGAAA